AUGCUCCGUCGUCUGGGAUCCACGCUGUUGUGCAGCGUGACGUUGGAUAAUGGGGCCGUCCUCAAGGGUGUCCUGAACCCGAAGAACCCCACUCUGCUCCUCAAAGGCAUCACCAUCCUUCCCGACGGUCGUGUCUAUAGCGGUACAUACGACCCGGUGUCUGGUUUCCCGCUACCAGGGAGUCAGCUGGAGGAAGACGGCGACCUCUACCGGGGCGAGUUUAACGUGCAGUGGCAGCGCGAGGGGCGUGGCGAGGCGUGGCUGGCCGACGGCACCCACUACGCGGGUGUCUUCAAGAGUGAUGAAAUAACCGAGGGUGUGGUGCGCAUUCCGAACGGCACGACAGAGGUCAUUUUUGAGGGCACUCUGAGUGAUGAGGCGUUUGUGAGAGGCAGGCUGACGCAGUCAGACUUUGUGUACGAAGGCGAGUUCUCAGACAAUCAACCGCACGGCAGAGGCAAACUCGUGUUUGCCACCGGUGCUUUGCAGGAGGGCACGUUUUUCCACGGCAAACUGCACGGCUCCGACUGCAAGAUGAAGCUCGAGGGUGGGUUCGUCUACGUAGGAGAGUUCCUCGAUGGGAAGAUCCGCCGCGGUACCCUUUACACACCCACGUACACAUAUGAGGGAGAAUUUAAUGAGCACGGGCGUGCUCAUGGCGAGGGUGCGCAGACGUACCUCAUCAAUGAGCCACGCCUCACCUUCACCGGCAUCUGGAAUAACGGCGCCUUGGUGCGCGGUGUGUGCAUGGACGAGUAUGGCAGCACUGUUGACUGGCAGAACAAUAAUGAGCUGCAGGCCAAGGUGCUCGGCGGCUCGACCGGGAAGGGCGACGAGAGCGUGGGACUGAACAGCUACUGCGGCGCACGUAUGAAAGAGGCAGCGCAGAUGCACAGCGAUAUGCAGCGCAGCUACGCAGAAGACGCAGAUGCCGUGGCGCACUUGACUGGCCGCUUCCCCACCAAGAUGGAUUUGGGAUAUGAGGGCAGCAUCGCGCACGAGAACGAGGCAGUGCUGCAGGCGCAGCAGCGGCAGAUGCAUGACAUAGAGCGCUCUAGGGAGGUGCUGUCAGAGAGGGCGAAGGAGUACGACACUGUGGCCUCCGGUGCACGCAACAACAUCAUUGGGGAAAUCAACGAGAACAUGGCGAAAAUUCAGUUUAGACGUCAAGUAGGCGCAGAGGAAGUCUCUGCUACGCGCAUCGACGAGCAAUUUGAGCGCUUCAUGAAGGACUUCAAGAGGCCUUCUCCAUUGUCGAGUGCACCGACGAACCGAGCCCCGAAGCUGAACAUCGACGGCAACGCGCCGUGGAAGGCAUUCACUCCGCCGAAGUAG